CCUAUUCACAUGUUUAGUCAUUUGUUCCAGUGCUAGAAUCAGUUGGGAUUGCCGCUCUUAAUAACUUUCAAAUUCGACCGAGUAAAGUCAUCCAACCUAUAAGAAUAUAUACGAAAUUUACAUCAUAUUUAAACAAAUCCACCUAAUUCCUUAGUCGCCCACUUCUGAAUGAACGGAUCUGCUCCAGUAACAAGGGGACAACUUGUGGGAUGAAAACCCACAGCAAUUAGAUCUUUCUGUCAGGAUUAAGGCACGCGGAUUCGACUGUCUAUGCGAAGUGUGCCGGAUUUAAAUAGCACUAUGGAGAACUUUAGGAUACACACAGCAAUCCUGUCAGCAGUUGGUUUCUCUUUGAGUAUCUUCUGUGUGAAUGUCUUCAUGGUAUUGGCGGAGUGGCAAGGAGAUCUGUCAGCCUAUGAACUAGCCAGCUUCAAUAAUCCUGAUCAAGAGGAUGUACCUCGUUCUCAAACGUUCAACCAUUUUACCUUGAGUGAUCAUGGUGAUGUGUAUGUCGGAGCUGUCAAUUGGUUGUACAGGUUGAAUAGUAGGUUGGAACAGAUACAGAAUGCUUCAACGUGUGAUGACAGUAUGCCUUACAAGGGGAUGCCGUGUCGUCGUACAAAUAACUACAACAAGAUACUGGUGGUUGACACUACUCGGCCGAACAGUCUGAUAACCUGUGGUGGUGUGUUUGAUGGUAUAUGUCAGUUACGGCAGUUGCAGGAUAUCGACGUUGUAGUGACUCAGUCGGUUCCGUUCGUUGCUGGGUUCGAGGAUGUGACUACUGUUAGUUUAAUUGCCCCAGGGAGAGACGGAAAAGGCAUGCUUUAUGUUGCUGUUACUUACACUGGCGAAAACGUGUAUUUACAAAAUGCCUUUCAACCAAUCACAAGAAGGGCUCUUACAUUUGAGAGUGAAAGUACUUUUUUAGGCGCACUGACAGAAAAUAACUUCUUUCUCACCAAUACUGAUGCGGGGGGAGUUGAAACAAGGUACUUUUUAACAUUUGACUACAUUGGAUUCACCUACUUUGUUUUUUCCCAGAAAGAGGAUCUUAAUCCUGUACGUUACGUUUCUAAGAUCAGCAGAGUCUGUCAGACAGGCCCAAAUCUAGAUGCAUACACAGAGAUCACCAUCCAGUGCAGUAAAUCAGAUGGAAGUGUGUACAGCUUGGUGCAAGCAGCUCACUUAGGACCAGCAGGACCUGACCUAGCGGCAUCAUUGGGCCUCCAUGCAGACGAGCAGGUUUUGUAUGCUGUGUUUGCAAAGAACCAAGGAGGUGUAGGAUCCAGUAAUGUUCCCAUCGAACACUCUGCAUUGUGUGUGUACAGGAUGACUGAUAUCUUGGCUGGCUUCAGAGAAGCAGUGCGGGGCUGUAUUCAGGAUGGAGAUGCAUCUGUAGAAUAUUUGCAUAGUCCUUACUGUGCAGGUUUUGGGGACGUAGGUGAAGGACAAUAAUAAUCCCAUUUAACCUAGCAUUCAUGAAUCCUGGGACAGUUUUUCUAUUCCCAUUGGUCUAAACGCAUCAUGUGACCACAAAUUAACAUUUGAUAAUGCCGGGUGCGUAAAAGGCGAGCUGGCACCUGCAUAUGAGACGGUUUAAUCCAUUCCGGGAGAUCAAGAGUCUGGGUGCGCGCGAUACGCACAACUUGCCACGCGCGCCCUAAGUCCAUAUAAGGAAAAUCUUGUACUUGUACAAGGAAUAUACAUAUAAAUGUAACAAAGUUGAGCAAAAUCCUUGGCGACGUAUUGAAUAUUGAUUUUCUUUCACUCUCUGACUGAAAUGGUAUUUAUGAAUGGGAAUAAAUGUGUGCUUGGUCCAUCUUAAACUGACGUUUAAGACCAACCAAGCACAUACUUAUUCUCUAAUGAAUUCUCUCUGAAACCUCUCAAGGGCAUUAUGUAGUGCAUAAUUCUUAUAAUUAAGACCUGUAUCAAUAUGGUCACAAUUUUGAUGACGUGCCAAUCAAAAAUACGAGCACAGCAGGUGCUGUGGAUUUCCAUGUGGAAGAGACCUAGUGCACAUUGUUUGUGGGAGGCCUCUUGUAGGGAGUCUCGUGUUUGUGAAUAAAACCGUGGAAACACAGUUCCACGAAUUGCAAUGCCCUGAAAGAGAAAUGUAGUGGUCUUAUUUCGAAACUGAAAUCAACGUAUAUAGGGCGAGUGACCUCUUUUUGACAAAAUUAAACUUUCUUUUAAGCAAUUUUUAAAUGAAGACGUGCGAAAUUUAAAAAAAACUGUAUUUAAAAAAAUAACAAUAAAAACAUUGGAAAGUUUGUUCAUCAAAGUUUUACUGAAACUGUUUAAUGAAACAGUUCGGCUUCGCUGAAAGCAGGUCAAAAAUAUUAUUUUGAUUUGGCCACUAAUGUACAUUGUAAAUUAUUAGAAGUGCACCUUAGUUGAAAAGGUUUAACAAUUUGCUGAAAAUGGAUCAUACGGCUACUAUAGUGUUUGAUUAUUACUGUAACAGAUGCUUUCCGUAUUUUCAAAAUUUGAAAGAAAUGUCACUAAAAAACUCCAGAACUGAUUUAAUUUCAAAUGCAAGUUGUACGUAGUAUUAUUUAUAUUAUAAUUGCGCUCAAACCCAGUUGAAUGGAGCAGUCAAGAAUAUGUUUUAAAUAUUGUCUACAUUCUGCAGAUAAACAUCUUGGACAGAUAUUUUUGCAUUCCUACAACUGAUAUCGGCAACACACUACUGUUCAGGCACGCCAAAGGCACCCAGCCAGUUAGCU